CAAAAAAGGAAUUAAAGUUAAAACUGGUGUGUCCAACUCUUCGGGUCCCGCCCUGAAUACGAGUUAUUAAAACCAGAGAAGUUCUGACACCUCCAUCACUGAUCCUAACCUCUCAGACCAUCUCACACAAGGAUAAGAAAAACGACCAAAUUAACAGAUAUAUAAACACAUAAAGAUUACUGAUGAGGAGCAAUUGGAUCUAUGUGGCUAUCCUGGGGAUAGCAUGCAUGAUACUUGGAGCCAAUGGGAACAAUACAACAAGCAACUCCACUGACAGCUGGAUGUCUUCCAACAUGACCACCAACCUGACCCAGACACUCCAACCAAACAUGACCACCAACCUGACCCAGACGCCCCCACCGAACAUGACCACCAACCAGACCCAGAUGCUCCCACCAAACAUGACCACCAAUCAGACCCAGACGCUUUCACCGAACAUGACCACCAACCUGACCCAGACGCUCCCACCGAACAUGACCACCAACAAGACCCAGACGCUUCCAUUCAACGCAACUACCAACCUGACCCAGAUUCUGUAUCCAACCAGCAUGACCACCAGCUUGAACCAGGCAAUCACUGGCAGGGAUGACUGCAGGCGGGAUAGGGCAUGUUUCUCAGCUCCACCUUCCUGUAAUCCAGGUGCACCAGAUUCCUGUUUUUUCCUCUCCACAAGGGGAGUAAGCGGAAAUGCAGACAAUAUUACUUUUGAGCUCAGUGGUGAGUCAGAUGGCUACAUUGGAGCUGGCCUCUCGAGAGACAGAACCGGUCAAGGUGCCACUGUCUAUUCUUGUGCCAACAUCAAUGGUGUAUUGACGUUCUACCGUUCCACACUGAACAAUCAAAUACUGACUGUGGAUAACACAUUCAGUCCUGGAAGCUUUCGUGGCUCAGUGAAUAAUAGAAAGAUUCAAUGCAUUUUCACUGCUCCGGGUCUCGGCAGCAGCACCACCCGUGCUGCAGCAACAGAUCCUUAUGUGUUUGUUGUAACAGGCACGGUAUCAAAUGGAGGACUAGAUCCUCCAGUCAGUAGACUGGCGACAAAUGUGUCAGUGGACUUAAGCAACCCUAACAGCACAGAUGUUUCAGUAAUAACAAAUGUCACUGCAUCUACUACCACAGCAACAUCAACCACCACUGCAGCAUCUACAAACCUGACUCAGACAGGCGCUCCCUACAAGACCACCAACCUGAGUCAAACAGUACCCCUAAACACAACGGCUAACUUGACCCAGACACUUACGCCCUCCAUUAACUUCAUCCAGACUCAAACGGUACCCCUAAACACAACGGCUAGCUUAAACCAAACACGUCCUCCUUUCAUGAACAACAUAACCCAACCACCCAAUCCCAAUAUAACCAACAUCCCACCCCUAACACGACCUCCCAACAUAACCAUCAGCCUGAACCAAACACUCCCUCCCAACGUAACCAACAUCCCACCCCUAACACGACCUCUCAACAUAACCAACAGCCUGAACCAAACACUCCCUCCCAACGUAACCAACAUCCCACCCCUAACACGACCUCCCAACAUAACCAUCAGCCUGAACCAAACACUCCCUCCCAACGUAACCAACAUCCCACCCCUAACACGACCCCCAACAUAA